CAACCAUAAACAGAUAUUUUCCUUCCCACAAAUGUAUUUUUAAAACGCGGUUCCAAAUUACCUCAGAGGAAAUUUGUCUCCUUCGGGUAUCCGUAGAAAGGGGACCAUUCAAGUGAGAAUGUUGAAUAUCCGAAGAUUGGUGAAGGUGGCGUUGCCGCUGACGUUCCCCGGAUCUCUGUACCUCACGUCAGGACGUGUUUUUGCCUCCAGCAAAAAUGAAGAAAGCAAUUCCUCUCUGAUUACAGAUGAACUGUCUUUGUAUACCACCCCACACUCUCGAGUGCGGCACGUGAAGCCGGAAGUCGGCCACGUGGAGCAAACCAUAGCAUCAGUGAGGAAAUCAGCAGAGCCGUACACAACAUGGUGUCAGGAAAAGACAUCAUAUGCCCUGGAUAAAGCAGAGAAAUAUUAUAAGACCAUAGAGCCUGGUAUUAAUACAUCUAUACAGACUGUGAGAGACACUUCUGAGUUUCUGAUUAAUCCUCCAUCCAAGUUCUACCCAAGUGUCGGUGCUGUGGGUUUUUCUGCAAUCCUCGGACUUUACCUCGCCAAAGGCGGCAGGGUAAAACGUCUUCUCUUCCCCACUGGACUGAUGACUCUGAGCGCCUCCAUGUUCUACCCACAGCACGCUGCCUCUCUGGCCAAGGAGGCCAAAGUCCAGAUAUCCAGGUUGGGUUCACAGACACGUGUGCUUUUGGAGGACGUGUGGAAGGGAAAAUCACCUGGCAAGGAGAAAUGAACAGUCACAGGUCAAAGCAAAGUUCAUCUCCAGCUAAAACAGACUUGACACUGCUUAGUUCAUUCCUAUCAGGUUUAUUCCCGUGUGUAUAUAUAAAUAUAUAACAGUGCAUACUCAGUAUAUGAAUCAGUCCUGCAGUUCUCUAGUAGUGUUUAAAUGGUGUUUAUUGUCUGUCUGCAUUCUGUCACAGCAUUAAAUCAUAAUUAUAUUUAUGUGGCUUAGCAGUUUAAGUACAGUUACCACAUUUGCUCCUGAUCUAGGUGAGCAGCCAGCAUGUGUUUUUUCCAUCUGAUGUUUGAGGGAAAUGGAUUUGAAUUCAGAUGUCUGCAGCCUGAUUAAAUCUUAGUUACCAGUACAGAUCUUUGGACAGAUAACUAGAAAAAGUAUCAUGAAUUCAGUUACAAGUCUUUAUAUUUUCACUAGACCUUUGUUUGUAUGUUUAUAUAUAUAUAUAUAUAUAUAUAUAUAUAUAUAUAUAUAUAUAUAUAUAUAUAUAUAUAUAUAUAUAUAUAUAUAUACACAUAUACAUACACACAGUUCUGUGCAAAAGUCUUUGCAUAUGCAAAGAAAUGCUGUAGAGAAACGAUGUCUUCAAAAAUAAUGAAAUGAAAUGUUUAUAUUUAAAAUAAAUAUAAUACAGUGCAAUAAACAGUGAUAAAUUAAACAUAGGCGACAUUUCCUGUGACCCGUUGCUUUAAAAAAAAUAUGUAUAUAGUAGAUUCAGGUAGAAUUAGUGCAGUUUUAUAAGGAAAUGAGCUUUUAUUGAGCAUCUUUCAGAACCAGACACGGUUCUUCUGGAGAGUUUGACUAUCACACUUGCUUCUUAUUUUUUGCAGCAAAAUACAGCAGCCUUCAUUAUGUUUUUGUUUGAAAAGUGUCUCUUAUCUCUUAAUAUACUGCUUUCUUUACUGACACACAAACAUUUUCUGUAAUAUUUCAUUUUGUGCUGGAAAACUAAAAUGUUUUUGUACUGAUUCGAUAAUGUCAAAGUCAUAAAAAAAAAAUCUAAAACAAAGUUUGUACUAAAAACAAUAGAGUGCCUAAGACUUUUGCACAGGACUGUAUAUGUAUUUAUUUAUUUUCUAUGAUCUGUUUAUCUUCAAUGCAUUAGUAAAUCUGUCAAAGUCCAAAAUCAGCCUCAUUAAAACAUUUGUUGUACUAUUA